AUGAUGCCCUUAAGCAAUAUUCUUGUUGUUGAAUUAUUUGAUGUGUGGGACAUUGAUUUUAUGGGGCCAUGUCCUCCAUCCUUUGGCAAUCUUUACAUUUUAGUGGUUGUUAAUUACGUGUCAAAAUGGAUUGAGGCGGUUGCAACCAAAACAAAUGAUCAUGCUGUUGUGGUUCGGUUCCUUAAAGCUAAUAUUUUCUCUCGGUUUGGCACUCCUCGAGCUAUAAUUAGUGAUGGUGAUCGUAAGGAUUGGUCUCAAAGGUUGGAUGAUGCACUUUGGGCUUAUCGAAUUGCUUUCAAAACUCCUAUUGGCAUGUCUCCAUAUAGGCUUGUUUAUUGGAAAGCUUGUCACCUACCCGUUGAGCUGGAACAUCGUGCAUAUUGGGCUAUCAAAACCUUCAACUUCGACAUGAACAAGGCUGGUUCUCAGAGGCAGUUACAACAUAGUGAACUGGAAGAGCUUCGUAAUGAUUCAUAUGAAAAUGUUAAGAUUUACAAAGAUAUGACUAAGUUGUACCAUGACAAAUCUAUUCUUUGCAAGUCUUUCACACCUGAUCAGAAAGUGUUGUUGUAUAAUUCUCGCUUGUGUCUCUUUCCAGGGAAAUUACACUCUUGGUGGUAUGGACCUUUCGUUGUGCUAAAGGUGUUUGAGCAUGGCGCUGUGGAGAUUAAAAAUCCUACCGAUGGUACUAUUUUCAAAGUGAAAGGUCAGAGGUCAAAGCCAUACUUCGAUUGUUGGAACUUGAGUUUUAUGUGGGACUCCAAGUCCCAUGUCGCCCAAACAGCCUUAUAA